AUGAAGAGAUCGUGAGUCAAUUCGAGUCUGCGAGGUCUCAAUUUGAAGGAUACUUCACUGAGACUCGUUGCUCGUCGCUGUGACUCAGAAUGCUGUCGCUGUCGCGAAGGUCGACGGGCGUGCUCGACUUCUUGGCGCCUAGCACCGUCAAUUCGAGCUCGAGUUCCAAAGCUGGAUUUUCAACGACAUGUUGCAACGCAUCCACCUCCAAAUGUACUGCAACCGGUCCUUCCUCGUUGCCGGCGACACCACGCGUCCAGCCGGCUUCGUCCCCUUCGCAGCAGCAGCCGCUGCGAACCGUAACAGCUCGUCCAGCUCACACACCCAGAAACUCAAAGUCGGACAAGAGCUCACACCCACGACCCAAACCCAAUUAUGGUUCCAAACUCAAAGCCACGGCCUCGACAUCGAACAAAGCCGCGAUCCCAUCGGCCCUCGCUUUGCUCGCCGAGAUCAGGGCCAGCAUGGCCACCCCCCCUGUUCCACCCGCAGCCGCCGCCGCUCAGUCGACCCCUUCGACGUCUGCGUCGACCUCGGUUCCCUUCGAAUUGGCCGAGACAAGUCCCGAGGCCAGCUCAAUCACAUCUUCGCCCACAACACCCGUUAUAUCCUCCUCCACUCCGGGUCCGGCGACAAGCUUGGAUUACAACAAGGCCUUGCAGAACCUGAUCGACGGCACGACCCGACCCCUUUCUUCGUUCCGAGCCGCCUUUCUCCACGGAUGGCUUCCGAUCCGACGUAUGCGCAUGGCCGGUCAAUUGCAACCCAAAGACAUGGCCAGGGUUCUCGAAGCGUGUGCGAGCGAGUCCCGACGAGGCGCGAGUUCGCAGGCCGGUUGGUCCGACGUCAAAGAACUGUUAUUGUACCUGUACGGAUCUUCCGAUCCCAGCGGGGUCACGGCCUGGGCAUGGAGGGAGUUACAGCUCGGCGUGUCGGGGGCCGAGAAAGUCGUCGAGUUGUGGGAUUCGAUCCUCAAGGAAGAAUACCUCCAACUUCGCUCCGGUCCCAACUCAUUGGAUCAUCGUUCCCUGGCCGGUGGAGCUCCUUCGAUCGAGAUGCUGCUUCGAAGCAAAGCCGCGAGUACGAUUCCCUCUGGCGGACUCUUCCACGCUUACGUCGUCGCACGAUCCUUGCUUUCGACUCUACAACCCGAACCGAACCGACCUUCCUUCGCCUCGAUCCUCCCCUCCCUCAUCGGACAUCCCCUCGCCCCACUCCUAGCGAGUUAUCGUAAGCGCGCACCCGAUGAAUUCAACUACAAUCUGCACGCAUUACAAAAUCGCGCGCAAUUCAACAACGCUUCCAUCGUCAUUUCCGAAGCUCAAAGUUGGACACGUCAAGUCCUGUUGGCGCAGUUGUGGUAUUUGAGAGGAGUCGAUCCGGCCUUUGGUUUGGUUAAAAGGAUUAGAGGGAUGGGUAGGAGGAGUGGGCAAGAAGAGGUUGCUUACUUUUGGGAAGCGAUCGUUGAGGGGGUCGAGAAGGAGACGGUGGCGUGGAUUGAGACGAAUGAGUGGAGUCAGAAUGCGAGGAGGAUGCAUGUUUCGAUCAGUGAAAAGGACGUGGAACGAGAGCAUGAGAAAGAGGAAGAAGAGCAAGGUGUCGCGGAGCCAGAGCGGGAGCAAGGAGAAGGGGACGGCGAGCAAGCCGAGGCGACCGCUGCGGAAGGGAAGGAGACCGCAACUCCUGCUGCACCUCAAGCGAGGACGUCGUUCCCACGGGCCUCGUUGAUCCCCGCCAUCGUCGCACCUUUCAUCACCGUCUUGACCCGAGCCAAGGACUUCGACAGCGCCGGUAGAAUCUGGAGUUGGAUCCCUGCGCGCGGUCUGUCGCACAACGUCGUCACAUACACUGCGUUGAUCCAAGGCUACGCGCAACGCCACGAUCUCGAAGCGACCGAGACGGUCUACGCUCAGAUGAGGCAAGAGGGUAUUCAACCCAACGUCUGGGUCGAGAUGGAACGCGUUGGGGUCUACCUGAACAAUAGGGAUCCCCAACAUGCCAUCAACCUCUUUGAAACCAUGUCCAAAGACGCUUCGAUCCUCCGCGAACUACCCGAAAGGAAGUUGCCCGCCCCCGUCUGGGGUCAAGUCAUUCGCGGUUUGUUGGUCAACAAGCUCGAGAACGAGGCGAUGGCGAUCGUGCAGAGGAUGGAAGAGGCGCAAGUCCCUUUCACCGUCUACCAUGCCAACAACCUCCUCAAGUACUACGCGAACCGAAAACCUCGAGCCGAUCUUGCGGGCGUGUCUCGCAUUCUCCGCCUCAUCUCCGAAAAGGGCAUCGAAGCCGACGUCUUCACCUACACGAUGAUCCUGCAAGCCCUCCUCGAUGCAGGUCAAAAGGACUCGGUCGCGAAACUGAUGCGCAUCAUGGAAUCGGGUAAGAUCAAACCGACAACGACGACGUACGGUUCCUUGAUCCACCACCUCGCCAACUCGGGUGAACCCGAUCGACUCGCCGCGGCCGUCGAUCUCAUCGACGAAAUGGAACGAUCGAACGUGCUUACGAACGAGAUCAUCUACACCUCCGUGAUCCAAGGGUUCCUCCUUGCCAUCGACCCCGCCUCAGUGGACGACGAAGGUGCUCAUCCUUACUUCGUCGCCGCGCUCAACCUCAAAGCUCGAAUGCACCAGCGUCGCAUCCCCUUCAACCGCAUAGGCUACAACGCCCUCAUCUCCGCUGCCAUGUCCCUACGCUCACGUUGGGGCGUUCAGUUAGCGAUGGAGACCUUCCGGGAAAUGCAAAACCAUCGUCCGAACGCUAACCAGAAGAAUUCCUCCGGCUUCGGAAUCGCCGUACCAGUGGAUACGGAAUUCGACAAAAAGGGUGUGGCCGUAACGCCUUUGGAUACGUGGUACACGCUCAUUGACGGUUUCGUCAAGAUGGACAAUUACAAGGCCGCGUCGGCUUUGUUGAGGGAGAUGCAAGGGUCCGGUAUUGAGAUUGGCCAGUCGAGGAAGAUGGCGCAGUUGGCGACCAAGAUCAACAGAGGGGGUUGGUAG